AUGGACUCUACCAACUUGCCUACUCAGGUGGCCCAGGCGGGCGGUCAGAAGCAACCCGAGCCUCGCAGUUUAAUGCUUAAUGUGCAUAUCUACGACAACUCUUCCAUUCAGGAGCGACUCCUCAAUGGAGCCGCAGCUACCACCAACCCACCAGGAACCGUUGAUGAUACUGUCGCGGGUGAUACCAGACUCCAAGUUUUGGAGGAUCAGAUUAUUGAUUUUGACUUGAUCAUGGGGACUUCUUCUUCCAUUCUUAGCCGAUUGUAA